CAAAGUCACACUUGCCUGUAGAAACCAGCGUCGAAAGAGCAGAAAGGAGGAAGAAGAAGUGUAGACGGGACUGGUCUGGCCAGCAUGGCCCCGCACUUGGCAGGAACAUCUCCCGCGUCGCGGAGCGCAACGCCCACCCCACCCCUUGCCAGGAACAGCUCAAACGCUGCUGCAGGCCCGAGGCGCAGCAGUAUAGUCCCCUUUACUCGCCCGACCCCCAGCGGAGCAUCGGAUGAUGGUAAUGCGGGCAGUUAUAAGUCUAGCGAGGAUGCCCUCCAGCGCAUAAGCCACAGCCUGCAGCAGAGGAGGACGAGCUCAUCGGCGUCUCAGGGCCUCGAAAGCACAUCGCUUGGCGACUACAGCACAUCGUUGACGGGCCUCAGGCGCCCGGAACCCCGGAAGAGCGGCCAAUUCGCCCGGGGGAGUGGUUUUGUGCGAAAAGAGGGAUUCCAGACAGAGCAGUUGGUGGGGAAGGAGGUGGAGGGGCAGCGGGUCUCACCGCGACCUCCGGUGUCCCCACAUGGUCUCUUGAGCAGGCAGUUUAGCUCGGACAGCUUGCAGCCCGCUGUUGAGCAGCAGAAACCUUCAUCAGAGGCUUUAAAGGAGCGUCUACAGAAGUGCUACGAGAAAUCACCACCGGCUUUGGGGGAUUCGCUGGAAGGAGACCCGGGGCUUUUGUUGCGAACUUUGCAGGUGCGCUGCGCCGAAGUGGCUCGCACUCUGGCUGACCUGGAGGCCAGUGAGGAGUGCAUAGCUGCUGCGCUGCUGCACAGCGUGCUCGACAGCAGCAUGCUGACAGAGGAGAAGUUGCGGAUGUCAAUGUGCGCAGAGGUGGCAGACACGAUGCACAAGGCGCUGGUGGAGGCACAGGGUGGCAUCAGCGGCGAGCUGCAUGCGUCCUUCCAGGGCAUGCUGCUCGCCAUGCAGGACGUGCCAGCGGUCCUCAUUGUGCUAGCCGACAGCUUGCAGGCAAUGCGCGCAAAGCCGACUGCUGCAGCGGCGGCGGAGGCUAUGGGCGUGUUUGCGCCACUGGCCAACCGCCUGGGAGUCUGGUCCAUCAAGGCAGAUCUGGAGGAUCUUGCUUUCAUGGUUCUGCACCCACUGGAGCAUGCAGAGCUGCAGGCGAAGUGCGAGGAGAGCCUGCAGCGUGGGAGUAUUGAGGCUAACCUUGACCAGCUGAAGGGACGUCUUGCCCAGACUGGCAUCCGGGGUGAUCUGAGCGGGCGGCCCAAGAACCUGUGGGGCGUGUACCGUAAGAUGUGCGCGAAGGGCUAUGGGCUGGACCAAGUCUAUGAUGUCCGCGCACUGCGCGUCGUCGUGGACACCAAGUCAGACUGCUACGAGGUCUUGCGUGAGGUGCACCGGCUGUGGACGCCGGUUGAGGGGCGCUUCAAAGAUUACAUUCGCCACAAGAAGGAUAAUGGGUACCAGUCGCUGCACACUGUAGUGCUGGGCUCCGACGGCGUGCCUAUGGAAGUCCAGAUCCGCACCCAGAAGAUGCACUGGAUUGCAGAGUACGGCGUUGCUGCCCACUGGCGCUACAAGGAGUCUGCUGCGCGCGAUGACGCUGCGCAGGAACGCCAUGUGGCAUGGUUCCGCUACCUCAUCAGCUUCCAGAUGGAGCUGGCGGACAAGAAGUGCCGGCCAAGCGGCAGUCCUCCGCGCGACUCAGGCUUUGCCGCCCUGCAGUCGCGCAUCUGCGCCUUCCCCAACCACGAAGCUGACUGCAAGUUUGCACAGUACUUCCGCAGGCAGCACCUGGCGCCCCAGCAUCCGUCCACCGCACUCGCAUCAGCAACCCCGCUGUAUGUUGUCGUGGCCGACGGUCGAUCACAGCGUGCGGCGAGCGCGGCAGCAGUGCGCAUUGAGCAGCUGCCCAGCGGCUGCACCACGGGUGACCUGGCCAAGCGCCUCACCGACGGCCACUCAUCAGAGGGCUCACACUUGCGCAUGCUGGUGAACAACAAGGAGGUGGCAGGGUGGCACCAGGUGCUGGAGCAGUGCGACCGCGUGGAGGUGUUUGAGAGCGCCUGGAGCGAAGCUGACCCGCUGGGCCUCGGCCUGGCGUCAGACCACGACCUCAACCACAGCCGCCAGCUGCUGCAGCGCAUGUUCUCGCGAUCAGGCUCUCUGCCUGCCGACAUCGCCGCGCUGGGCUACCAGGCCGGGCAGCCCAUUGCGAACUGAGCACCCUUGCCGCGAGGCCAGCACUGAUCAUUUUGCCGGCAGCUUUUGGGGUUGAGGGCCCCAGUGCUGGACGGCCAGCUGUGUUAGUUGAAAAAUUUGUUGUAUGUGGCAGUCCCCAGAUUGUGAGCCACAAGAUUGUAUCAUAGCAUAUUAGUAGGUGGUGCACAGCACCUGCACCUUCCACCGGCAGCCUGUAUCCUAUUGAGCAGCCAAGUGGCGCUGUAGCAUCAUGUAUAUCUUAUACCGCGCACUCACUCGAUGUACCUGCUGCUGCUUGUAUGUUAGAUAAUUUCGUACUGUACACUUGUGGUUGCCCUGACCUGAUUUAGUGGCUGCUAGAUAGGAGAAGCCCUGUAUGACUUUCAAUACAUGUCUGGAUGAGCAAGUUGUCUGCUUUAUCGUUCUUGGCAAAUUCAAAGUUUAAUGGUGACUUGAGUGAUGAUGAUCAGUUCCUCUGAUUGCAAGGACGGUGUGGCAGCAGCAGCAGUAAAAAAGUAUUCGUGGCCCUUCGAGCUGCUCAGUGCUGCUGGGCAGGCUCUUGGCCAGGUUGGCGCGGUUGCACUGAUGUUUACUGGUGGAGGAAUUUUGGUCUUGCCCAUAUUGAGGCUUGCAAAUAAAUUAGGACCUCUGAAAGCUGAAGCGAUCAGGGAGAAUAUCCUGUUGCUCUAGGGUCGUCCAGGCCUGGCUGUGGUGCAAUCCAAUGAUGUACGGUAUCUGCUGUGAUUUGUUGGCGACACCACUGUAGUUGUGGUCUGUGAAUUGUCUCUGCAAUGUGUAAUCUGUGUUUGCUGUGUACAAUCAGUCAAAGGUCUAGGCAGGUUGUCGUGUAGCUACUUGUAGUGCUAUCAAUGAGAAGAAUAUUUUCGCAUGUCUGAGUCACUUCUUGACAAUGUUGACCAUCCGUGAAGUGUCAUGCUGGUCUCUAACUUUGCAGUGUCUUGCAAGCCAAGUGGCACAAUUCUGCAGCUCGACACGUGAAUAGCGGUUGAUUGCAUUGUAAGGAUCGGUCUGGAUCGG